AUGCGGUUCCCCAACAGAAAGCAGAGGCUUUCUCUAAUCACCUUCGCCAUCCUCUACUUCAUCCUCUUCUUCAUCUGUCGCGCCAAUUCCGCCCGCGACCCAGGCUCAUACUUCUUCCAGCCACACGAAGGCUACCGUCCUGCAUACAGCCUCACCCGAAUCCAAGAAUCCCUACACUACCUCGCACGCUUCAACCAAACAACCAGCACACCCCCUAACCAAGCACCACCAACCACAAAGGAACAUGUAGACCUCUGCGUGGCAUCCCUAAGCCAGCACCAGCGCUCCCAGAUCUCCAUCCACCUCCUCUUCGCGCUCACCACGCCCACCGACCACCCGGACUACAACCACCCCUGGGUGCACAACACCGUCAAUCGUGUCCUAACCUACGACACCCAGAACAUCUCCGCCACCACAUCCUACCUGCGCACCCUCGAAGCAAACAAGAAAUUCACCGCGGAGAAAUCCCUCAUCGACUACGCCAUCUCCCUCCGUUCCUGCUACGACACCACCGAUGCGCCCUACUUCCUCAUGCUGGAAGACGACGUCGUCGCCCAGCGCAACUGGUUCCCAACCACCACCCAAACCCUCCACAGCAUCGAGGAAUGGGUCCGUCGCGGCGUCGUGCCCCGCGACUGGCUCUACCUCCGUCUCUUCUACACCGAGAAGUUCCUCGGCUGGAACGCCCAGAACUGGAGAGAGUAUCUCCUCUGGAGCCUUGCGGCCACCGUCGCCGUCGCGGCGCUGUGUCUUUGUCUCAGGCGGACCGUGCGCCCCGCACACGAAAUCCUCUCCAACGCUUUCCUGGGCCUGGUUUGCUUCGCCGCCGUGCCCGCCGUCAUUCUCCUGUAUUUCGCCUCGGGGCGCGUAACGGUGCAGAGACCCAUGCGGCCCGGCGUGCACUUGAUGAAUCGACACGGGUGUUGUUCGCAGGCGCUGGUUUUCCCGCGGGAGAAGGUCCCCGAUAUCCUCGAGUAUAUGAAGAAGAUGGAGGAUGCAACGAAGCCGAAGCCGGUGGACUCUACGCUGGAACGACUGGCGAAUGAAUAUGGGUUCGAUCGGUUGGCGAUUGCGCCGCCGCAGAUGCAGCAUGUCGGUGCGGCGUCGUAUAAAGAAGACGAGAAGAAAUGGCGAAAGGGAGAGUACUCUGUUCGCGGCGCGCAUGGAGUUUGGAGCAUGGAGUUUGAGAAGGCCUAUUCCGAGUAUGAGUUGAUGCCGUAUGGUGGGCAUAUGGUUGAUACUUAUUGGCCGCGGUAA